AUCGAAAAGGAAUUAUCACAUGUAAACAGUGUUAAAAACAAUAUUUUAAUAAAAGUGAAAAAUCAACAAUGAAGGAUCCAAUUCUAUCAAAUAAUGAACGAGCAUUCGUUGAGAAGGCAAUAGCUGAGAAAUUAAGGAUAGAUAAGCGUGGAUUAAAUGAAUUUAGGAAUUUGGCGAUAUUUUAUGGUAAAAAUUAUGGAUCAGUUAUAGCUUCAUUAGGCGAAACAAAGGUAUUUGCAAGUGUAUCAUGUGAAGUCAGUACUCCCAAGACAACAAGACCAAAUGAAGGAACAAUCUUUAUUAAUGUUGAAAUGGGAAGUCAACAAAAUGAGCCGUGUAUAGUUGUUACAAGAAUUUUAGAACGAACAAUUCGAGAAUCCAAUUGUAUUGAUCUUGAAUCAUUGUGUAUUGUGGCUGAAGAGAAGGUCUGGAACUUACGAGUAGACAUUAGUAUAUUAAAUAAUGAAGGAAAUGUCAUAGAUUGUGCAUGCAUAGCAGCUGUUUCGGCUCUUGCUCACUUCCGAAGACCUGAUUGUACAGCAUCUGGAGAUGGUGAAUUUACAAUACACAAAUCUGCUGAAAAGGAUUUGAUUCCAAUCGUUCUUCAUCAUUAUCCAAUUUGUGUUAAUUAUGCUCUAUUUGAAGGCAAGACACCAAUUGCUGAUCCAACAAUUCUAGAAGAGCGAGUGACUAAUGCCUCAUUAAUUCUUGCUGUAAAUGCAUAUAAAGAACUUUGUUCAAUUCAUUUAACAGGCGUCUCAUUAACAAGUCCAUAUCUCAUUCAAAAAUGCUCUGAUAUGGCAGCAGAAAGAGCUAAGCACAUAGUUGAGUACAUUAAGGACGCAUUAGAACAAGAUAGAAUCGACAGAGAAAAUGGUCAAGCUAAAGGCUUUUCACAAAGCAUCAAACUCACAAAUAUUCCAUCAAAUUUCACAGAUACUCAAGAAAUCGAUCAAGUCAUGGACACUGAGAAUGAUGGUUCUGGGGAAUUAGAGGAAGUAAUGGCUGAUGAAAGCUUUGAAAAAAUCGACAGUGAUACAGUAGCAUCAACUUGGACAAAAGAGGAAUCAGAUGAAAGCAGCGAUAGUGAUGUUCAAGUAAUAGAGGAAAGUCCAAAAAAGAAGGGCAUCAUAAAUGUCAUGGAAAUUGUAGACACAAGCAGUGAUGAUGAAGAGAAAGAAACGAUUGUAUUGAAUUAAAACCUAUUUUAUUGUGCAAAUAAAGCUUUAUAAUCUAUAAAUUGUAGAGUCUAAACACAGUUUAAAUAUAC